AUGACCCUUUCCAAAAUCGCUAUUCGAAACCCAUACGGUCUUCCAAAAACGUUCCGUAUCACAACAUCUCAUCCGGAAAUUGUGAAAAUCACCGAUCAAUUGAUGUCGGUUCCCCCAAUGGGUAAACUUCCGUGUGAGAUGUUCUUUGUCAGAAAUUCCCAUCAUCAUCAGAAUAUUGAAACACUUCUCUACAUUUCGGAUGCUGAGACGUAUGUUCAGGAAGAAGCAUAUUCCCUGACUUUAGACUUUGAAGCUUCAUAG